ACGGAUUCGUUGUCUCUGUUGGCUACUUCAAGACUUAUCGGUUACCCUGGAAGUGCCUGCAACCGCGUGCGUGUAUUAUCGAAUUCUGGUUUGGUUUGACGCGGCUUGUACUUGCAACUUGACCAAGGGUCAACUCCGUACGAAAUAUGACUCAAUGUUACACGGCAUGUUCACGUCGCUGAGCAUCAUCCAGUAUCCGGGUGAAGCCAAUGUGCAGAUCAUUAUAAAGGCUCUAACAGAGUUGAGACGGCGAGAAACCACUCUACAACUUAUGGAGUGGGCUGGAACAAUUGUGGUCAACAUGACAAGGCAAUCCGGCCGCGAGGCUAUUGACGUACAAUCUCUCGCGAACUUUUUGUCGAACAUAAAUCACUUUCUAAUAAAGUGUCCAAUACGGCGGAGCACGGCAGGAGAGAUGUUGGCUGCAAAUGCGAUCGCAACGAUAUCUCUUAUUGAUGCCGUUUAUGAACCAGUUCCAGGAGGCAAGUCGGUUGCAGAUCUGGAACUCGAACGAGGCGUUGUCACUUGCAAUAAGCCCUAUAUUCGACCAGAACCUGACAUCGACCCGGAUUACAUUGACUCUGACUCCGAUGAGGACGACUUCUACAACUUCAAAGAGACCAUAGGCCCUGAGCCACCAGCCCGAUUGCCCUCCAAACUCCCACCGCCCGGCAACUUACACGCAAGUUUAAGACUCACUCGCCGUAUUGCAUCUGGACGAGCUGGAGCUGUGUUUGAAGCCGAGCUUAAUGAGGAUGCGUCUAGUCCUGAGUUGACGACCGCCACUUUAUCACGCCUCGUCGUCAAGAUCUGUCAUCCAACGACGUACUACAGACUGUCUCGAGAAGCAUUCUGCUAUGAGGAAAUGGAAUCGCUACAAGGGAGAGUGAUACCUCGUUAUUAUGGACUCUUCCAGACGAUACUCGAACCUGGGGUUAUGUUUCGGUAUUGGAAGAUGGAGAAAAUUUGGGGGGGCAAUGAUGCCAAUGACUCCGAUGAAGAGGAUCACUCUGACUUUCACCGUUCCUUGACCGUUCUCGUUUUGGAAUACGUUAGUGAGGAGUUUUUACCUGUCGGAAGGAAACUAGAUGACAAGAUCAUCAAGGAGAUUAAAGAGAUGUUUAAAGAGCUAGCACGCCUUGGAGUUUGGCAACCGGAUAUUCGGUACGCCAACAUAUUACGGCUGCCCAACGCGGAGUCUGGCAAUGCUGGCCAAUACCGGUGGCGUCUCGUGGACUUUGACAGGGCUCGCAAGUCAAAUAUGAGUCUUCGAAGGUUUGAAAUUGAGCACGAGAAUUCUUUGGAGCCCUUGUUCAAAUGGCUACCCCGCGGUGUCGUCAGAGAGCCUUGAGGUUGUAGACACAGACUUUUCGGAUAAUGAGCUAUCGGCAUUUACAUGCCAUCGUAUUUACAGCUGUAUUACGGAUACUUGCGUUAAAAAUCUUUCCUGCAUCUGCAAGCUAUUCCAC